CACAGACCUCUCUUCGACAAGAUUCUCAUCGCCAAUCGAGGAGAGAUCGCGUGCCGCGUGAUACGCACCGCCCGGAAGCUUGGAGUGAAGACUGUCGCGGUUUUCAGCGAGGUGGACGCGGACUCGCUUCAUGUGAAGCUGGCGGAUGAGGCGUAUUGCAUUGGUCCCGCGCCGUCUGCGGAGAGCUACCUACGCAUAGACAAGAUCAUCGAAGUGUGCCGCAGAAGCGGCGCGCAGGUGCGCGGUACACCCGGAUAUGGUUUCCUCAGCGAGAACGCCAACUUCGCGGAGCGACUUGCGCAAGAAGGCAUUACCUUCAUUGGGCCUCCGGCGAGUGCGAUCGUGAGCAUGGGCUCGAAGAGCGAAUCAAAGAAUAUCAUGUCUGCGGCAGGGGUUCCGGUGGUACCAGGAUACCACGGGACAAACCAGGACCCCGAUUUCUUACAACAAGAAGCGUCGCGCAUAGGCUACCCUGUUCUCAUCAAGGCCGUCCACGGAGGUGGUGGCAAAGGCAUGCGCAUCGUUCACGCACCUGGCGAGUUCCACGAAGCUCUUGCUUCGGCUCAGCGCGAGGCGACGAAGUCCUUCGGCAACGCGGACGUGCUUGUCGAAAAGUACAUCGAGCGGCCGCGCCACGUCGAGGUGCAGGUGUUCGCGGACACCUUGGGCGGAUGCGUGAGCCUGUGGGAGCGCGACUGUUCCGUGCAGCGGCGGAACCAGAAGAUCAUUGAAGAGGCACCUGCCCCAGGAUUGACGCCGGAGCUGCGCGCCGAUUUGAGCCAGAAGGCUGUCGCGGCCGCCAAGGCUGUCGACUACGUUGGAGCGGGUACCGUCGAGUUUAUCUUCGAUAACGACACCGAGAAGUUCUACUUCAUGGAGAUGAACACUCGUUUGCAAGUUGAGCAUCCUGUGACGGAGAUGAUCACGGGACUUGAUCUUGUCCAGUGGCAACUUGAGGUAGCAGCCGGAAACUCGCUUCCUCUCGACCAGUCGUCAAUACCACUCGUUGGGCAUGCGUUCGAAGCGCGCAUAUACGCCGAGAACCCACGCAACAACUUCCUCCCCGACUCCGGUCAACUCGCCUACCUCUCCACACCAGCACCUACCCAUGUAUUUGCGCCUCCUCUUCAGGAUUACCGGAUACCUCUGGCGGAGGGCACUUCACCCUUCAUGCCUAUCGCAAACACAUCUGCGGCCAUCGCGCCCUCGCUCCGUCUGGAGCAAGGGUUCGAGCAAGGUGCCCAGAUUGGCGUCUUUUACGACCCAAUGAUUGCGAAGCUUGUCGUGCAUGGGCGCGAUCGGACGGAGGCUCUGAGGAAGCUGCGAGGGGCACUCGAAGAGUACAGGGUGGUUGGUGUAUCCACGAACAUCGAGUUCUUGCGCGACCUGGCGGGACAUCAGGCGUUCAUUGACGGAGACGUCGAGACAGGAUUCAUUCCGAAACACUUCGACGAGCUCUUCCCAUCCACACCCGAGCCGUCCGACGAAGCUCUCGCACAAGCCGCACUUUUUGUCAUCCUGCGUGACGAGCCUGUCCCCACUUCCUCCAACCCUUGGACGACACUCACCUCUCGGCGUUUCAACGGCGACGUCUACGAGCGCACCAUAACCCUCCAACCUGACACAACAGACGACUCAUCCCCGCCCACCUACUCCGUCACCGUCCGCUCCCUCCCCGACCGCACGUACACCGUCACAACCACCCGUCCCGACGGCUCUUCGCGCACCUUCCCCAGCGUCUCUGCCGCACUCGAGUCCCCCACCACGCUCCUCACCACGCUCGCCGGCACGCGCACCCACACGACCAUCGUCCCGCAACCGGCGCCGGCCGGCGCGUCCGCGACGAGCGCGUCGCGCGUGCACGUCUUCACCCCCGGGUCCGCGGCGCGCACCGCGCUCGUGCUCCCCGCGCCCGCGUGGCUCAAGGCGCUCUCGGCGGGCGCGGCGGGCGCGGGCCACAAGGGGGCGCUGCGCGCGCCGAUGCCGAGCGUCGUGGUCGAGGUGCGGGUCGCGGUCGGGCAGCGGGUCGAGGCGGGCGCGGCGGUGGUGGUGCUGGAGAGCAUGAAGACGGAGACGGUGCUGAGGGCGCCGGUCGCGGGCGUCGUGCGGGCGGUGGGGUGCGCGAAGGGGGAGAUGGUGGAGGAGGGGAGGGAGUUGGUGGACGUGGAGCCGGAGGGCGAAGGAGAGGCGUAG